ACUAGUACACGUACUAACUAUAAGACAAGGCUAAUCCGAUGAUGUACAUUGUACAUUUUACAGUACUACCCCAAAAGAAUUUUUGUUUUAAUCAUAAAAUAUUAUUUAAUAUUCAAGCAAAUAUAUAAUAAUCUAUAUAUGUAUUUGUAAUAUAUAAACUACAUUGCGCACACAGAAAACCAAGAGUACAACUAGACAAAAAAAUUGUAUAUAUAGAUAUAAAUGGAGAAAGUAAUAUUUAUUAAUUAAUAAAUAAACAAGGGUAACAAUAAAAAGGAAGAAGAGGAGAGAGUUAAAUAGAAGUAAAAAAAGUAAAGGUCCAACUACUCCGCGUAGGCACGACUUGGGCAGAUAAAAGAAAGCGUUGAAAUUGUUGUGUGUGUGUGCGUGCUUAUAGAGAGAGAAAGUGAGGAGAGAGAGAGAGAGAGGUUGGGAGGUGCUUGUUUUAACAUCUCUCUUCACAGGGACUAGGCGUGUCACCCAAGCCUUCUUCCUUCUCCCCAAUUUUUCCCCCUUUUUGCAUCUUCAUUCUCAAUUUCUAAUUUCGCUUCUGAUAAUGAUGCAAUUCAGUAGUAAUGGCUGAUUGAUUUGCUUCGAUUUGAUUUCUGUUAUUACUAAUUUAUCAAUUUUGAUAUAAUGAGGACGCUUUCGUCCUCCGGGAAUAGCUCCAGGUACAGCCGCUCCUUUGACUUGCCGGAACCCUCGCGAGAUCCGCCGCUCUACGGCGCCGCCGGAGGUGCAAUGCUGCCGGUCUACCUCAACGAUUUGAGGAAAAGCGUCAAAUCCGACGAGAUGGUUGAGGUCACACUCGAGCUCGACGUCAACUCCGUCGUCCUGUGCAGUGUCGCUCCGACGACGGCGGCGGCGGAAGAGGAGCCGCCGGUAUUCAACAACGGUUUCCUCGCGCGGAGCACGUCGGCGGCGACGAGGCUGCGCCGGAUGUUCUCGUGGAGGAGGACGGCGUCGGCGAGGACGUCCACGUCGGACGCGGAGGAUCAGCACCAGACGGCGGUGGCGACGGCGAGGGAGAUGAUGAAGAUGAAGACGAAGAUGAUGAGGAACAAAUCCAGCGCGCAGAGAGCUCUCGGCGGACUGAGGUUUAUCAGUAAAAGCACCACCGCCGGAGAAUCUGACCCUAACGCGCUGUGGAAACAGGUGGAGGCUAGGUUCGCCGUUUUGGCUAAGGACGGAUUACUCUACCGGCAGGACUUCGGCGAAUGCAUAGGAAUGGCGGAUUCGAAGGAAUUUGCGCUCGGGGUUUUCGACGCUCUGGCGCGGCGGCGGAGGCAAAAAACCGGCGGAGUAACCAAGGCGGAGCUGCAUGACUAUUGGCUCCAAAUAUCCGACCACAGUUUCGACGCUCGUCUCCAGAUUUUCUUCGACAUGGCUGAUGUUAACGGGGAUGGAAAAAUCACCAGAGAUGAAGUGCAAGAGUUAAUAAUGCUGAGUGCUUCUGCAAAUAAGCUGGCCAAUUUGAAAGAACGUGCCGACGAAUACGCUUCUUUAAUAAUGGAAGAGCUUGACCCUGAACGCCUUGGCUACAUUGAGUUAUGGCAGUUGGAAACACUUCUUCUGCAAAGAGAAGACUACAUGAACUACAGCAGACCACUGAGCACAACGAGCGUAGGAUGGAAGCGGAGUUUUGGUAGCCAAAUAAUAAACAAAAUCGCGUCCCCACUUUUCGACAACUGGCAACGAGGAUGGAUUCUACUGCUCUGGAUUUUAGCCAUGGCCGGCCUUUUCACCUGGAAAUUCCUUCAGUACCGGCAAAAAGCCGCCUUCCAAAUAAUGGGUCACUGCUUGACAACAGCCAAAGGAGCCGCCGAAACACUCAAAUUCAACAUGGCCCUAAUUCUCCUACCCGUUUGUCGCAACAUACUCACAUGGCUAAGAUCCACUCGAGCUAGGCUAUUCAUCCCCUUCGACGACAACAUUAACUUCCACAAGGUGAUUGCAUGUGCUAUAGUGGUUGGAGUUGUAGUACAUGCGGGAAUACAUAUAACGUGUGAUUUCCCAAGGUUGGUUAGAUCAACACCUGAGAAAUUUGCACUAAUUGCUUCCGAUUUUGGAGGUGAAAAACCGACAUACACUAGCCUAUUGGUCGGUGUUAUUGGCUGUACUGGUAUAGCAAUGGUGGUGCUUAUGAUAAUCACCUUCACACUAGCUACACGGAGUUUCAGAAAAAAAGGGGUGAAGUUGCCUCAACCUUUGAAUAAAUUAACGGGGUUCAAUGCGUUCUGGUAUUCGCAUCAUCUUCUUGGUGUGGUGUAUGUCUUGCUUCUGAUACACGGGACUUCUUUAUUCUUGGUUCACAAAUGGUACCAGAAAACGACAUGGAUGUACAUAUCGGCUCCGCUGCUUCUUUAUCUAGCAGAAAGAAGCCUGAGAACUUGCAGGUCAGAACAUUACGCAGUUAGGAUUUUGAAGGUUUCUGUACUUCCGGGAGGUGUAUUCACCUUGGUCAUGGCGAAGCCAAAUGGAUUCAAAUACAAAAGUGGACAGUAUGUUUUUCUGCAGUGUCCUGCAAUCUCCUCCUUUGAAUGGCAUCCAUUUUCACUCACUUCAGCACCAGGAGACAACUACCUGAGUGUUCAUAUCCGUACAGUUGGUGAUUGGACAAAAGAGCUAAAGCGAGUGUUUACGGAAAACAAUAGUUCAACAUCUGUGAUUGGUCGGGCAAAAUUUGGAUCACUCGGAAAUGUUAAUCAAGCAGGUCUACCUAAAUUGCUCGUUGAUGGACCCUACGGAGCACCUGCACAGGCCUACCAGAACUAUGAUGUAUUACUACUUGUAGGACUAGGAAUCGGAGCUACUCCUUUCAUAAGCAUCCUCAAGGAUCUCUUGAACAAUACAAAAUCAGAAGAUCAAAUGGACUCGAAUACAGAUACCAGUCAAUCAGAUGAAAGCUCAACUAGUUUCGCCUCUUCAACCGACACGUCAGUCGGAAAGAAGAAACCACAGAAAAUAAGGAGUGCUCAUUUGUACUGGGUAACCAGAGAACCUGGUUCCUUUGAGUGGUUCAAGGGAGUGAUGAAUGAAGUAGCUGAAAUAGAUCACAAGGGUCAAAUCGAGAUGCACAAUUAUCUGACGAGUGUUUAUGAAGAGGGGGAUGCAAGAUCAACUCUUAUCACAAUGGUGCAAGCUCUAAACCAUGCUAAACAUGGAGUUGAUAUCCUAUCUGGCACUAGAGUAAGGACACAUUUUGCAAGGCCAAAUUGGAGAGAAGUUUUCAACAAAAUAGCUUCAAAGCAUCCAUGUUCGACAGUAGGUGUUUUCUACUGUGGUAUGCCUAUCUUAGCAAAGGAGCUAAAGAAGCUAUCACAAGAACUGACUUACAAGACUUCGACAAGGUUCGAAUUUCACAAAGAGUACUUCUGAUGCAAGAAUAUCGGAAAUAACCACACAAUCCGGAUUUGUAAUUAUUCAUGUAUACACGCAUUAUACAUACAUUUAUUUCUUCAGAUAAAAUUUAAAGUGCACAUUUUGUUUUACAAAUAGGAUUAGUCAAAUUCCCCAAAUCAAGUAAGGGAUGCCUAAAAAAAAGAAGGUAGAUUUGUUAUAUGUAAUUAAAUGAUAGGAACACCGAAUAAUAGUCAGCUUAUGCUUCUAAACUGUGUAACAAGCUGGAGUUAUAUAUUUAGUUGAAUGAAUCAAAAUGACGAGGAAUGUAACCGAGUUACGGGGAAUAUGUAUGCUGCCAGCAUUUUGGUUACGGAAACUGAUUCACGAGACAAAUAUCAUCAGUUUCAGAGUAUACUUGACAUGCAUAAACCAAAAUCCCCUGCUUCAAAAAUUUACUAAAAGGCAAGAUGAUUCACACUUAACGAGCCAAAGUACAAACCAAUUGUGCAGCCUCAUUAUUGCGAUAGAUAAGUUUACAAAAGAGCAAAUAUGCAGGUGCGCGUGUGCGUGUCUAUGCAGGUGUAAAUAUUCUCCAAAAAAGA